CGGAUGUUGUACCAGGAAAAAUAACAAAGAUGGCGGCGCCCUCUGAAAACAUGUUGGAUUUUGAAACAGAACUAAAUGAAAUGAGUGGAGGAGCUUUCACUCAGAACCACUUACAAAUUAUUCAAAAUUUGACGAAGGCGUUUCGAGAGCAGGACUUUAGAGCCAACGCGGAGAAAACGGUCUUCCAGAAUCUGGUGAAGGUUUUGACGCAGUUGUCCGAUGAGAUUCGUGCUUUGGACCAGCAGAGCCCUGCCGCAGAGUCGAUGCGCCUGCGUCUGCAGCUGACGGCAGAAUGCUUCAGAAGCCAACGCAACGCUGCGGUGCAAUGCGCCCGCAACCAGUGCCUCAUGAGGGACCUGGGAUUCAUCCCAGUUUCGCUCACAGUCCUGGAGGCGCUGCCCGGCCUGCAGGUGGAGAACGCGGCCUGGCCAAUCGAGGCUCUGCGCUGUGGGAUCCAGUUCCUUGGAAACCUCGCCGUAGGAAACCAGGUUUGCAAAGAUGACAUCUGGAAGCACUGUUUUCCACGUCUCUUCUUGGACCUGCUGGACCACGGGGACGAGAAGACGGCCGCGUACGCCUCCAUGGUGCUCUACACCUGCCUGGACGAGCACAAGGUGCAGCAGCUGGUGCAGAACCGGGAGCAUCAGGAGCUGGCCAUGAGGGUCAUCAGCCUGUGCCAGAGGCAGCCCGAGCUGGACUGGGCGGUUCUGAUCGUCACACAGCACUUCCUGAAGUCCUCGGCGCUGGUGGAGACGAUGUUUGUGGGGCUGGAGCAUCAGGAAAGAGUGACCCUGCUGGAGCUGAUCACGGCCCAGCUGGGCGAGGAGGAGGAGGGGGCGGUGGAGGGGUGCCGCGUGCCCCCCAGGCUGGCUCGCUUCCUGGCCUCCCAUUUCCAGGAGCGCUGCAAGGUGGUGCUGUCCUUGGCCUCCCAGUCCGCGCCCGACGAGGAGGCCCUGACGGUGAUGCGGCUCUUGGACCUUCUCUGCGAGAUGACCUCCGACCACAAGAAAUUAAUGUUCCUGCAGGAUCACCCAGAUCUUCUGGAAACCACCGUCGAGCUCCUGAGGGAGGUGCACGCCGUGGGCAAGGCGAGCCGCAACGUCUUCACCGUGGUGCAGGACUUCUCCGCGGGCGGCGCUGGCCCCGCCUCCCACCCCGCCGUCAGCUUCAAGGCCCACCUGGUGCGCCUGAUUGGCAACCUCUGCCACGCCCACACCGACAACCAGAACAAGGUGAGAGAGAUGGAUGGCCUCGCUCUCAUUUUAGAUAACUGCAACAUCGACAGCAACAACCCCUUCAUCAGCCAAUGGGCCGUCUUCGCCAUCCGGAUCCUGCUGGAGCACAACCGGGAGAACCAGGAAAUGGUGCGGGCCCUGGAGCGGCGGGGCGUGGCGGACGACUCCGCCCUGAGGGACAUGGGCUUUCGGCUGGAGGAGAGGGACGGGACGCUCCUGCUGAAGCCCCUCCGCAGGGACCACUGACCACCCCCCCCGCUCCCCCCCAUCCGCCCCGCCACCGCAACCCCUGUGUGGGCCCACGGCAGCACCAGUGGCAGGUGGAUCACAGCUUGUAUUUAAAACCCUUUGAAGAUGAUGUUUUGGGUUUUUUUUUUUCCUUUCGUAAUUGUAUGUCGGUGUUCUAGAACCAGUAGUGACAGUUACAUCAGCAUUGGAACGUUCACUUGAGAACAUUCUGAUCACAUGUUUGCGACCUUACACGUUUAAAGGGUUUAAAAGAAAAAAGAAAAAAAGGCAGUUUUGCACUAUGCGUUGGUGUUGGACACAGAUGUGACUCACCUGAUUUAAAAUGACAAACCCUAUGCAGGCGAUGGUGUAUAUUGGUAGCACCAGGAGUUCAGCAGAGAUAGAUUAACAUCCUCCUGGAAGGUACUGGGGUCAGGGUAUGAGUACCUUGUUAUAUAAUGCAAAUGUAGGCUAUCGUAAUGCCCUGUAAUACAUGCGUAAGUGUAACGCAGAACGGCGGGUUGUUAGGGACGAUGAUUGGCGUUUCCGUGUGGGAGCUGACAUAGGAAUAGGACUAGUGCUUGUACAUCGUGUUUUUUUUUCUUUUUUUUAAAAAGUUUUUUGCAUUUAUUUUUCUGAGAAAGGGGAUGGUACCUUUCAUAGUAAUGUAUCUUUGACAGAUUACGACCUGUUCACCCGUCUCACAGGACGUCAAACAAAACCCUCGAUGGAACGGCAGUUCGGUUUGAGUUUGAGUUUGUUAUUCUGUAUUUGCAAGGAGGUCAAAGUUCGGAUUUAGCCUGGACUCUCGUCUCAUCUUAAUCACCUUGUCGUUUGAUUGUGGCGAUGCAUCCGACUGUUCUCUGAGCACUUGCAGGUUUCCAUCAGGAAAAAAAAACACAUCAUUUAUGAUGGGAAAGGAAAUUAUUCACAUCAUAAAUGAUUAUGAAUUCAUUCUAAGCUACUUCAGUUCAGAAUGGACUAGCGUAACAGUAAGAUGAUUUCGUCCGUUUGAAAGAGAAAACAACAAUAUUCCGCCAGGCUGUUUUUGCCCAGUGCAAACCCGCACGCAUUCAUACUUCAUUUUACCAUUCAUCGGUAACUUCUGAAACAUGACCCCUAUUCCUGUAAUGUAAUGUGCUAUUUAUGCACAAUAUCCAAUAAUAGCCAUUGCACAGAAAUGAAAUAAUACCCCUCCCCCAUUCCGUCACAGUACAGUGCAUUCUGAAAACCUGUUUAUUGUGAUUUUUGCGCAUAAUAUAUACAAUAUUAUUCCUCUAAUGUUAUGGGCACAGCCAGUAUAAUCCCCGACACAAAGCGCUUGCUGUCUGGGAUCUUCCAUCUCCCGAAUGUUACUUGUCUCACAUCGCAUGCAAUUCCUGUCAUCCUUCAGCUACUCAUAUUUCCAUAUUUCCGUAAAAAACAGUUUUUUUGUUGUUUUUAUUCCUUGUUGCCUGAGCAGGAAACUUUUUAUCCCAAUUAAUUUUCUACCGCAGGAGAUGUUUUGGCCCGGUCUCAACUGUCUGGAGUCAGACUGAAGUGGAAUCAGGACUUCUAUCUGGCUAAAGUUUCUUCAUCUCGUUCAAAACU